AUGUCGGACGCGGAGGAGGCGGUGGACAAGUCCGAGGGGGAGCAGGAAGAGCAGGAGGAGGAAGUGGAAGAAGAGGCUGGAGGCGGGACGGAUGCGGAGGAGACCAACACGGAAGAAGGUGGAGAAGAGGAAGAUAAAGAGGCUGAAGAUGGCCCAGUGGAGGAGGCCAAGCCCAGGCCCAGGCUGUUCAUGCCCAACCUGGUGCCGCCCAAGAUUCCCGACGGAGAGAGAGUGGACUUCGACGACAUCCACCGGAAGCGCAUGGAGAAAGACCUGAACGAGCUGCAGACGCUGAUUGAGGCGCAUUUCGAGAACCGCAAGAAAGAGGAACAGGAGCUGGUCUCCCUCAAGGACAGGAUCGAGAAACGGCGGGCGGAACGGGCGGAGCAGCAGCGGAUCCGGACGCAGCGGGAGAAAGAGCGGCAGACCCGCCUGGCCGAGGAGAGGGCCCGCCGAGAGGAGGAGGAGAACCGGAGGAAGGCUGAGGAUGAGGCCCGGAAGAAGAAGGCUCUGUCUAACAUGAUGCAUUUUGGUGGCUACAUCCAGAAGGCCCAGACGGAGCGUAAAAGUGGGAAGAGGCAGACGGAGCGGGAGAAGAAGAAGAAGAUUCUGGCCGAGAGGAGGAAGGUGCUGGCCAUCGAUCACCUGAACGAAGACCAGCUGAGGGAGAAGGCCAAGGAGCUGCAGCAGAGCAUCUACGACCUGGAAGCGGAGAAGUUUGACCUGCAGGAGAAGUUCAAGCAGCAGAAAUACGAGAUCAACGUUCUCCGCAACAGGAUCAAUGACAACCAGAAAGUCUCCAAGACCCGCGGGAAGGCCAAAGUCACCGGGCGCUGGAAGUAG